CGUUGCAUUCUACUGCUACAUGGAAGUUUUCUCGCUUCAUAAUUGUUCAUAAACUAGUCCACAAUACUUAGAUACCACAAAUUUCACUGCAAACUUUUGCUAUAAUCAAUGUGUAAUAGAUGGUCGAUUCAGCUGUGCUUCCUUUAAUAUGCUUGAAAAAAGUACAAAAGCUAGGGCACCUUAUUAUCCACAGUGAAGUUUUCGUUGCAUUCUACUGCUACAUGGAAGUUUUCUUGCUUCAUAAUAGUUCAAAAACUAUCAACAUUACUUAGAUACAACAAAUUUCACUGCAAUCUAUUGCUAUAAUCAAUGUGUAAUAGAUGGUCAAUUCAGCUUUGCUUCCUUUAAUAUGCUUGAAAAAAGUACAAAAACUAGGGCACCUUAUUAUCCACAGUGAAGUUUUCGUUGCAUUCUACUGCUACAUGGAAGUUUUCUUGCUUCAUAAUAGCUCAAAAACUAGUCUACAAUGCUCUUGGUCUUUCCGAGACCCCACAUUCUAUACGUUCUUGCUUGACAAAUGUGAAAACUAUUCUACAAGUAUCAGGUAUCGCAAUAAUUCUCCGCAAUAUUUUACAAUGGUCAAUGUGUUGCAUAUUGCUAAACCUCGGCGCGCAUGCGCAGCGAGGGUUUACAGUACUUGGGUCUGCGUGUCUGUGUGU